UCAUUUUGGGAUACAAAUUCAGUUUAAAUUUCUCGAUCCUUUCGGCUGUGGAAACACAACAAAAUUCAAAAAAAGACGUUCCAAAAUGUUCCGACUUUUGAGGCACAGAACGCAGCAGUUGGCCAGGUGCGUGCAACGUGCCACGCCGCUGCGUCUGCCCGCGCGCAGCUUCGGGGAUGACGACUGCAAGCCGGACGUGUGUGUGGACACGCCGGGGGAGACUCGCUGUGGCCCGCCAUCGCUGCGCAAGCCCUGUGGCGAGACGCCCAAGAAGAAGGAGGCGCCAAAGGAUCUGCCCAAGCCGAAGGCGCCGUUCAAGUCCAUGUGGCAUAUGGAUGGCUGUCCGCCGGUUGUCUGCGAACUGCCCGUGCGCUACGACGUCAAGUACUAUCGGAUAUCGGACAAGGAGAAGCGCAGGUAUCAGGUGACCUGGAACGAGUGCCCCCGCAUGGUGGUGAAGCCGCGAAAGGUCUGCCUCCACCAGACGAUGAUCCGCCCGAAGCCCUGCCGCCGCAAGCGCAAGGUGAACCUCAAGGACGGUGGCCCAGCCAUGCUGAAUCCCAUGGAGUGCCUGCCCAAGUCCGCCGAUGACAAGUGCCGACGCAUAACGAUGCCCUGCUGCAAGCCGGCCCGUGUGCCGCCCAACUGCAAGUCCGCCUUCAAGGGGCUGUCCGACUGCAAGAAGCGUCGCGCGCCAUACCCCAGCUUCUCCGAGUGCAAAAAGGACGAACUGCUCCAGCCACCGCCCACCGAGUGCAAGUGCCUCGAGAACCCAGCCAUGUGCGAGACUUGGGCUGCACUCAGGCAUCGCCUGUCCCUGGGCCGUGGGCCGGUCAAGAAGUGCGGCGAGCCCUAAGCCGAGGCCAUCCAUUGAGCGGGGACUUGAGACUGCGAUUGAGAUGCUGAGACUUUCCUUUUGAACUUUUGCUGAAAUAAAUGACCACUCAGCUUCA